GAAACUGGGAUAAAGUUUUCCCCAAAAAAUUGGGGAAAAACUUCCUGCGGAGAGAAGGACUACCUCAAGCGUAGGUUUGAAAGUAUCCUACUCCCAAAACGUUUAGAACAUAAUAGUCGUAGAGUAAGACAUUCUUUAAAACCACUUUCUGUCGGUGUCGGCAUAUUCUGAUAUAUUUUGUAACCACAGCUUCAAAAGUGGAGACCGUUUUUUCUUUGCUAUCCUUGCAUUUCUUUAAACGAGAAAUGGAAGAGGGCUCAAGUUCUCCCGUCUCCCCAAUGGAUAGCCUACUGACCAGUGAGGAUGAGUUGGACAGGCAACAGAAAAUAUUUGGAAGGAAGAGGAGACACAGUAAAAAGUCGAGCGAGGACAGCUGUCCAAGUAACGUGAAACGGGGCAAAAAACCGAGUCCGAGCAGCAGCACUCAGUCCUACGAGGAGUUGCAGAACCAGCGGUGCCUGGCCAACGUCAGGGAGAGGCAAAGGACACAGUCGCUCAACGAAGCCUUCUCGUCUUUACGCAAAAUCAUCCCCACGCUACCCUCGGAUAAACUGAGCAAGAUCCAGACACUAAAACUGGCCUCCAGAUACAUAGACUUCCUCUAUCAGGUGCUGCAAAGCGACGAGAUGGACAACAAGAUGUCGAGCUGCAGCUAUGUUGCGCACGAGAGACUCAGUUACGCUUUCUCGGUGUGGCGGAUGGAGGGCGCGUGGUCAAUGUCUGCAUCUCAUUAGCAUCCAAAGCCCUUCACUCAAUGCCAAAGCGACUGUUUACUUCUACAAAGUAUGAAGACACCAAAGGGUCUAUUGAAGAACCCAACGAACCUCAGAAACGUGGCCAAGGGGCAUAAUGUGGUGCACAACUCUCCUGGAGUGCUUUGAGUGCAAUUACCUAACACUUGGAAGAGUGUGAGAAGGAGUGAAGAUAACCCGAAAAGUUGCAUACUCAGACAGUGUUGUAAGACGCUUCUCGUGUCUACUGCUGGCGCAUUAUAAUGUUGUUUUAAUGUCGGAAUGGUGAUGAGAGUAGGAAAAACCAUCUUUUAUCUUUUUGGGGAAAUUAUAUUUCGUUCUGUUUGUAAAAUCUCAAAAUAGAAGUAUAUAUAAAUGUUUCGUAUUGUACAUAGGCCUACCUGUAUGUAUAUUCAGCUUGUAAAGGGACCAAUGCAAUUUAGAAUACGUUCUUGAAGUACGCUGCAUGGAUUUAUCCAGAUUUGACUUAUAAGCAAGUCUUUCAACUCUGUCCAAUGUACUUUUUUUAAAACUUAUUUAUUAAAACACAUAUUUUUGAAUAAUGUAGUUGAGGCUUUUGAUUUAUGUUUCCAUAGAAUACCAUAGCAUACCCAUUUCAGACAGAAUAUGUAGUAUAUUAUACAACCUGUAAAAAAAAUAUAUAUAAGGCAAUGUUUAUGACUCCUUCAAACAGCCCCUUAUUUACCACUUUCUUGUAUGGUAUAUCCCUUUUAUACAUAUCAGUGGGUAAUAGGCAAAUUGGUAGGGGAGGUGGGUGGGGGUGUUGUUUAUCCAUGGAGGCUGUUUGCAUUUCAAAUCAGGGAGGAAUUAAACAAUGGAAGUGUUAAUGAAUUUACCUGCAAAAAAAGUGUAGAAUCGUUCACACAGACCUGAUACCUGGUAUUUUGGUUAGAGGUUCUGUGAAAAUGCAGGAAUCAAUGAGGUGUUUUUGUAUCCGUACCCAUUUCAGAUAUACAAAAAACAGGUAUUUAAACGCAGGCAUGGGUAAAAUAGUGGGAUUUCGGUCUGCAUGAAAAUAUUUUAAUAAUAUAGGCUACAUCCCCUCUAUUUCGAUGUAAAUCAUUCCAGUUUGGCACGCAGUAAAGGAAUAAUCUAAGAUUAAA